AUGCCCUCAGAAGCCGCGACAGAAGAACCUGUCGUGGAGCCGGGGCCAGCUGAUGAAAGGUCGAAGCGCUUCCGCUUCAAGUCUAAGUCAGAGGAUGACCACCGCAGCGAAGCGAGCUCGAGAAGUCACAAGCGUCGCAAGCACCAUCAUUCGUCCCAUGGAGGUAGGAAGCGGCACCGGUCCUCGAGACACUCCAAUGAUGCGACCCAUGCGCAGAAUUACGAUUCAAGCCAUCUACCUCCAGACCAGGCAUUUCGAGAAUCGCUGUUCGAUGCCAUGGGCGAUGAUGAGGGCGCAGCUUUCUGGGAGAAUGUCUACGGCCAACCAAUACACAGCUAUCCUCACACAUACCGAGACGAAGAGACCGGUGAGCUUGAACGCAUGACCGAUGAAGAAUAUGCGCAGUUCGUUCGGCGAAAAAUGUGGGAAAAGAGCUGGGAAGGGAUCGAAGCUGCAAAGGAGGAAAAACGGAAAAAGAGUGAACGUGAGAAGCGGAGAAUACGGGAGGAGGAGACCAGGAGACAACGGGCGCGCCAGGCUCGACAGGAGGAUCGUAUCUUCGACGUUGAGAUCGAUAACAGCCUGAGACGAGGCGAGAAUCGAAAGGACCGCAAGCGGUGGCAGAGACUGUGGGAGGACUAUCUCCGCCGCUGGGAAGAUCUUCAGAGCCUGGCUCAGAAUCAGCAGAAGUCUAGGGAAGACGCCGAGCAGGGCUUUCUACGAAACAAGAUUGCAUGGCCAGUCGAGACAGGGAAGCGCAAGGAUGUGGUGAGAGAAGAGAUCGAGUCAUUUGUCAAAAAGGGUACCAGUGGCUAUGAGGCUGUUGACGGUACAGAUCCAUUUGCCCAUGCCAUCAAAACCGAGCGUGUCCGGUGGCAUCCCGACAAGAUCCAACAGCGCUAUGGCUUCAUGGAUAUUGACGAGAAUACACUUCAGGGUGUUACAGCAGCCUUUCAGGUAUUCGACGACAUCUGGAACGAGAUUCGUAAUCGAGCGACAUGA